AAUAUCAUCACACGACUGCACAGCACAGCGCGGCGCGCACUGCACUCUACGCGGGAGCACCGUCAGCAAUGGGAGCAGCGGCCGUGCAAUUCACCGGUAUCCUCGGCGUCUCGUCGCCGCCUCUCGCCUCCUCGCACUGCAGCACCAGCAGCAAGACGCAGAGCUGCCUGCUCCGUCCGCAGCGGCAGCGUAGGAGCCUCCGCGUCCGCGCCGUCGAGAUGGGAGCCCCCGGCGGCGAGCCUUCAGCCGGCGUGCCGGAGGAGGAGGAGGAGGAGCCGUCCGUCGACUUUGCGUUCGUCAGCCCGCGGUUGCUGCCGGACGGGACGCCGGACGUGCACUACCGGACGGCGUGCGGCGGGCAGAAGCUCAGGGAUAUCAUGCUCGACGGCUACAUCGACCUCUACGGGCCCUAUGAUAAGCUCCUGCUCAACUGUUCAGGAGGUGGUGUGUGCGGGACUUGCAUCGUCGAGGUGGUUGCAGGCAAGGAAAUGCUUUCUCCCAAAACCGAUGUAGAGAAGGAGUUGCUUAAAAGGAAACCCAAGACGUGGAGAUUGGCGUGCCAGGCCACGGUCGGCAACGCAGAUUCAACUGGACAGAUGAUCAUUCAGCAAUUGCCAGAGUGGAAGAUACAUGAGUGGGACAAGUAACUGAUCUCUCAGAUAGUACUACUCCUGCGGCCAAUAGAGUAGAUGUCAGCAUGAACAUAGGAAAAGGGAUAAGCACUUGAUCAGGAGAAGAUCUGGUGGAGAUUGAUGAUCAUUUUGUCUUGUGUAGCAACCAAAUGAAGCAUGGGUGCAAUUAUAUAUAGUCACGGUCUGUAAACUGUUCCCUUAUUCAAAAAGUAAUGGUGACAUCUUAGAAAGACCUACAUUUUAUUCGACAAGAUGUUUGCCGGGUAAUCCUAGUUCUACGUUUUUGCCA